AUGCUUCCUUUCGUCUAUAAUGGUGAUGGUGAUCAUUCUGGAGGCUAUGAUAAUGAACGACGGAAUGACAGAUAUCACCGAAGCGGUUCUAUAAAUCGUUCAAGAUCUCGAUCUUGGUCCCGAGAACGGAGGCUUUUGGAUCGAUCUCGAGCUAGCAUUUUUGCAGGACGAAAUUACUAUUCAAGAUCACGCUCUCCGUACAGAAGUCAUACCCGUAGUCGCAGUCGUAGUAAUAGUAGUCACGGUCGUUCACCACAUCAUGAUAGUGAUCGAAAAUGUCAUUCGGGUGAUAAGGUUAGGAAAGAACCAAGGGAGUUUUCUAGUGCAUUGCCUUAUUUGUCCUCUAUGCAAGCUCAGUUACAAACAGACAAAUACACAUCGCACGCAGCACUUUAUGGACAACCGCAUUACAAAAUUGUGAUGAAAAUGCUGCCAAUUGAUUCGCAGCGGGAUGAAUUAAUGGCACUUACGGUACGUCAAGGCUUUCGGGUGAAGGAUAUCCGUAUCAUUCAUAAAGGUCCAGACCGUUGUUUCGGGUUCGUGGAAUUCGGAGAUGUGAAUAGCGCACAAGCUUGGAUGGAAUACAACAAGGGAACUUUGUUACUGGAUGAUGGACGGACGGUUAAACUGGAGUAUUCACGAUAUGAUAGUCUAGAUGGUCGGUCAACGAGCCAUUCAGGUUCUGGAGAUUGGAUGUGUGCAAAAUGUACGAUCAAAAAUUUCAAAAAUCGAGGAGCAUGUUUCAAGUGCAAUUUAACGAGGUUGGAAUCAGAUGGUUUAACCAGAAAAGGUUAUGCAGCAAUUGGGGUCGCGAAGUGUGAUACUCAUAUCGCUUCUUAUUUCUUCUUAUUUCAAGCUCUCCUCUUACGUGAAAUACCGCUGAAUUGCACAGAAGCUAAAAUUCAAACGGAAAUGAAUCGGUUAUCAUCAUUGGAUGUAUUACGUGUUCAUAUUGCUGAAUCUGGUCUCUACGCAUAUGUCCAAAUGCGCAGUGCAGACGACGCAGAAAGAAUUAUGCUGACAUUAAACAAAAUACCUCUUCUUAUUGAUGGUUGUGCAGUGAUGGUUACUUACUCGAGGUUGCCGUUAAACACAGUCUUGUCAACAACAGCAGCAACGGAAUCAAUCCAGAAAACUGCAGAACGCAUUAAUCAGAUGCCUGCUUUUAGACCUACAGCUGGGUCAAGCGGAAACGCUGGUGUGGAAGCUGCACAACUAGCAAUCGCAAAAGCCCAACUGAUACGACAAAUGACAAACUCGUUGAUAGGUAGCAGCGAUAUGAUACAAUCAGCUUAUUCUUCUGGAUCCACGCCAAUGCCGCACGGUCUUAAUCGACCACCACCAUCUUUACCACAAGAGACGAAUUUUGUUGUAACUGAUUACUUCAAAGAUGAGUCUUCAACUGAAAGAAACUUUGUCUGUGUGGAUGAUAUCACUCAAGACACCCAAUUUACAAUGUCUGGAGGAAAUAUGCAGACAUCUGCUGCUGCAUUCACUGGUUCGCAGAAUGAAGACAUUGACUUAGGCUUUGUGUUUACUCCAUGGGGACGUUAUAAAAGAUAUCAUGCGCCAAAUCCGACUGUCUACCAGUUUGAACCGUCCUCUGGAUUAUAUUAUGAUCCAAGUACCAGUCUGUACUACGAUAGCAAUUCGCAGUACUAUUGGGAUGCCACUACUCAGAAAUGGAACGCUUGGAAUGCAGUUUAUCAAACAUAUGUACCCUGUGAUUUAUUGUCAGGGAAGACGUCAUCAGACUCAGUAGCAAACAAUGAAAGCAGUAACGAAGUUGUCUUACAGAACACAGAAACUAAUAAGGAUGAAUCGAAAAAUGAGCCGCAAAAAACUGCAAAAGACAUUGCACGAGAAAUGGCACGUUGGGCAAAAAAACAAAGUAAAGUGUUGUUAGCUGUAAAAGCACCUCCUAAGCUGGAAAUCACUUCGCCUCUGGUGGUUGCCACGAAGUCAAAAACAAGCGUGGAACCAACUGCUGAUUUGACUUAUAAAAUGUUAGAAAAGACAAGUAACCCAUUUGGUUCACUCAGUGAUGAUGAAGAAGAAGAAGCCAUACCAGCAGCAGCGAAGAUUGCUGCUGUGGGUGUGAGUCGUGUAGCACUGAAUAGUAAAACUGGAAAUCGGCCUAUACAAAACUCAGCUAGUUCAUCUACACCUUCAGUUGCGGAACCAGUUGUUGAUUCGACAAUUAAAACAGCACAAUCAGAUGAGACAUUUGUCGAUCCUGAAAAAAAGUAUUGCAUUUUAUGCAGGCGAAAAUUUGCGAGUUUAGAUAUUCUGAUGAAGCAUGUCAAAAUGUCAGAUCUCCACAAGAAGAAUUUAGAAGCACGUCUUUUACAAGCAUCUCUUGAUGAGAUUCCAUCAUCGUCAACGGGAUCUUCAUCCACAUCCCAAAGCAAUUCCUUUGUACCAAUUCAACUGCAGCAGCAGCAGUAUCGGGACCGAGCAAAAGAACGACGGAACUUGUUUGGGCUGGAUCCGAGUGGCUUCACAAAUGAUAGUGCAGAAAGUGGAGUAGAUUAUGCUGUACGUUCAUCAGAUACGCCAAUUGAUGAAACAAAUAUAGGAAACAAAUUGCUGAAGUCUAUGGGAAUAGUAACACCAAUAAGAACGGAAAUGCGAGUAGAAGGAGCAGGUUUAGGGGCUGCUGGUUCGAGGGUACUACAUGGAGCAAAUGCUUCUAGACGUGAACGAGCACGUACUUCAAUGAUGAGUCGUUUCCAAGAUUUGCAAUAA